AUGGCGGAUAGCCCCUCAGCCCCCACACAAAAUGGCAGACAGCCCCUUCGCUCCCACACAAAAUGGCGGACAGCCCCUUCGCCCCCACACAAAAUGGCGGACAGCCCCUUUGCCCCCACACAAAAUGGAGGACAGCCCCUUUGCCCCCACACAAAAUGGAGGACAGCGCCUCUGCCCCCACACAAAAUGGCGCGCAGCCCCUUUGCCCCCACACAAAAUGGCGGACAGCCCCUUUGCCCCCACACAAAAUGGCGCACAGCCUCCGCCCCACACAAAAUGGCAGACAGCCCCUUCGCUCCCACACAAAAUGGCGGACAGCCCCUUUGCCCCCACACAAAAUGGCAGACAGCCCCUUUGCCCCCACACAAAAUGGAGGACAGCGCCUCUGCCCCCACACAAAAUGGCGGACAGCCUCCACCCCACACAAAAAAAGGCGGGAAGCUCCUGAGUGUAAGAGCGUGGCAAAAGCACAUGGAUCAGAGCUGGAGAGUUUCGGAGAUGCUGGUGGAUAAGGAGAAUGUUUCCAUGGGUAACAAGGAGGAGAAAGAGAAGCACGAGCCAUGGCGAUGGAGAACAAACCAAAACAAAGAAGAAAAUUGUGUAAGGCACGGAGAUUGCUGGUCCUCCACGAAAUACCUUAAAGCCAUUAAAAUCACCAUCCUAACUUGUGAAUUAUACAACUUGAACACUUAUCUGGAAGUGAGUAACGAGAUGUACCAAACACACUCUUAUUUCUUCUUCUGAAGAUUCCUCUAAAAAAUAAAAAAGUCUAAAUUCA